AUGAGUGUUGACACUCAGACUCAACCUGAUCAUUCUUGGAAGACGAAACUAAAUCUUCCUGCUAAGGACCGACGAUACAAAACUGCAGAUGUAACUGAUACGAAGGGGAUUGAAUUUGAAGACUUUUGUUUGAAGCGUGAUUUGUUGAUGGGUAUAUUCGAAAAAGGCUGGGAAAAACCAAGUCCCAUCCAAGAAGCAUCGAUUGCUAUUGCUCUUUCAGGUCAAGAUAUACUGGCACGGGCGAAGAAUGGCACUGGUAAAACAGGUGCUUACUGCAUACCGUGUAUCGAAACAAUAAAGCCAGAGUUACCAAAGAUACAAGCCCUAAUUAUCGUACCGACAAGAGAAUUAGCUUUACAAACUUCACAAAUCUGCGUCGAACUUAGCAAACAUUUGAAACUCAAGAUCAUGGUUACAACUGGCGGUACUGACCUUCGCGAUGACAUAAUGCGACUGAAUGGUGUUGUUCACCUUAUUGUUGCAACUCCUGGUAGAAUCCUGGAUCUUAUGAAUAAGGGGGUUGCUGUCAUGUCUGAAUGUUCUAAACUUGUGCUUGACGAAGCAGAUAAGUUAUUAUCACAAGACUUCCAAGGUGUUCUCGACCGUGUCAUCAAAUUCCUUCCUCCGAAUCGGCAAAUAAUGUUGUACUCGGCAACAUUCCCGCUUACCGUCUCCACAUUUAUGCAGAAACACAUGAAAAAUCCGUACGAGAUUAAUCUUAUGGAGGAACUUACGUUGCUUGGUGUUACUCAGUACUAUGCCUAUGUCCAAGAGAAACAAAAAGUUCACUGUUUGAAUACGCUCUUUCGCAAGCUUCAAAUCAACCAGUCUAUCAUAUUUUGCAAUUCUACUCAACGCGUGGAACUUUUGGCCAAGAAAAUUACAGAACUUGGGUACUCAUGUUAUUACAUUCAUUCUCGAAUGGCUCAGAACUACCGCAAUCGUGUCUUCCAUGAUUUUCGCCAAGGCAACUGCCGGAACUUGGUGUGUUCGGACUUACUUACCCGUGGUAUUGAUAUUCAGGCAGUUAAUGUUGUCAUAAAUUUUGACUUUCCACGUAAUGCUGAAACAUACCUGCAUCGUAUCGGACGGUCUGGACGUUUUGGUCAUCUGGGUAUUGCCAUCAAUCUCAUCACGUAUGAUGAUCGCUUUACGCUGCGACGCAUUGAAGCAGAGCUUAGGACGCACAUUGCACCAAUCCCUAAGACUGUGGAUCCAAAAUUAUAUGUGGCUGAGCAUCAGAUUGUUACCGAAACCCCAGAGCAAGAAAAAGGCGGUAAUGUCAAGGAGGAAGUCGCAGAUUAG